AUGCCGGCAACUAGAAGUGCUAGUAAGAAUAAAUACCCGGGGAAGACACGCUCGUCUGCUCCUAAAGGUGCACCAAAAGUUUGGAUAUCACAUGUCAUAGAGUUCCUUGAAGCUGGUGAUAAGGGUGUACAGUACUGUUGUCAGCAUAAGCACGGCUUGAUAUACUCUAAGAACGAUACUUUAGCAAAAGCUAUAUCUGAUUCCUCACAUUUGAACAUGAAAGAUCCACUAGCUAGCUUUCAAAAGCAAUGUCAAAAGCAUUUUGAUUUUCCCCGUAAGGCAGCAACCUACUGUGAUACAGGUGAAUUCGUUAGAACUCGCCAUUGGAAAAUUAAACCAGAAUACAAGAAAGUAGACAUCAUUUUCAAAUUCCCAGGUAAUAUCAAACUUAUUACGGACGAGGGUAAAAACAAGUUGAUGUCUAUCAAAUCUACAAACAAUGAUGAGACUGGCUGUAAAUCCCUUCUCAACAAACAAAUUAAGCAGUUCAGGAAGGAGCAAAAAGAGAAAAAAGAAGAGAAAGAGCGUGAAGGAACAGCAGAGAUAAUCAUUAGGAAAAAGAAGGACCUUGCGACACGCUUCCCUGGUGGUUUAUUUGGUGACUUCGAUGGUACUAAUAAAGGAAAUAAGCUUGCUUUAGAAGCAGUCCCUUCUGAUACAUCUUUGAUUGACAUCAGGGAGGAAGAUGCAGCUAGACAAUUGGAGAUGUUACUUCAAGUUCCGCCUUCGUUACAACCACCUACUGGAGAUUAUAACAACUCAUUUGAUAGUUCUUCGUAUAGCCCAUUCGAUAGCAUCUCAGACAUGAUCAAUGACAUCAUUAAUGGUAGUAGCAGCUUCUUUAAGGAAUUAGAAGGAACUAAAGCACCCUCGAUGUUGAGUGAUAUCCAGGAUUCGCAAUUCCAAUUCAUGAAUUUUUAA